GUCUCUUGGUGUAGAGAGCAGAACUGCUACUUCAAAUCAUGCUGCAAUCCAGGGCAUUGGUGAUAGCUCUGAUUCUGCUCCUUAGCACGACUCUCCCUGAAGUGCAUUCAAAGUCCAUCUUUGAGAAAGACCGUCGUGACUGGUUGGUCAUCCCUGAUGCAAUUGCAGCUUACAUCUAUGAAGCUGUGAACAAGGUGUCCCCUAAAGUUGGUCAGUUCUUGGCAGAUGCUGCCCAGACUCCAGCAGUUGUUGUGACCAGGAACUUCCUCAUCAGAGAAACAACUAAACUCAGUAUACUGGCUGAACAGCUGGUGGAAAAAGUAAAGAACCUGUGGUACACAAAAGUCCUAGGCUACUAGCCAGAUGAAGACAAGUCAGUGUUUCUUCAUGUGAGUUGGUAACACCCUACAGUCUCCUCCUUCCCCCUGCCCCUACUAUGGACCAAAAGAUCAUCCAGCAAGACAGAAUUGAUGCUCCUCUUAAUGCCACUAGAGGAAACACAGCUUCAAAGACUAAAGGAUGGAAGGCAUCUGCUGAAAGCUCUUUUGAAAACAACCCCACAGCUGGGCAUAGGGACGGCAAUGAGAUUGUACUGCUCUUCUGUAGCCAAAUCCUGAGAAUUAAUUCCUCCUGAAUGGCUUGGCCAUUGUCCCUCUAAUAAAAAAAUGUUGGUUGUUACACUUCCUUAA